AUGCCUAGAAAGAAGUCUGCGGCCAAAAAAGCCAGAGAAAACGCUGGUAAGGCUGGGUCAGACACUCGCACAGUGGACGCGAGUCCGGCUCUGCAGAAACAGGCUCCAACAACGUCACGAAAGGCUGAAAAGCAGGCUGCUCAAAGCGAUGGUAGUGACACGGAAGAUUCAAGCUCUGAGGAAGAAGAUGACUUCGGUGAACUCGUCACAGAAGAGGUGGAAGACGGGUUUAAGCAAGUGUUAGCAGCGAUCAAAAACAAUGAUAAAGCCCUGUUUGACCCGUCAGUUCGCUUUUUCGAUGACCCGGAAAAAGCUGCUGCGGAAGUGGCCAAGCAACGUAAGGAGAAACCCGUUUUCUUGAAAGACUAUCAUCGGAUGAAUAUUCUAUCCGGAGAAACGUUCAAAGACGACGAUGACGACAACGACGCCAAAGAAAUGGAAACCGUGGAUGGCAAACAAUCGUUUGUGUCGGAGCAAAGAGAAGGUAAAACCAAGCUUUUGAAUGAAAUUAAUGAUCAGUUUAAGCAAGACGAAGCAUCUGGCGAAGACGGUGAUGACGACGACUUUUUGGUGAAAAAAGAGCCCAAACAGCGUAAAGCGCGCUCAGAAAGCAUUCUCCCAAAUCCAGAAGAGAACGAUGAAGAGUUUUUGCAGGCUUUUGUGAGCAAACAUGCUUGGGUACCUCAGCAGGGUGAUAAAGAUAUAAAUCUAGAUGACCCAGGUAUGCAGGAUGACGAGGAAUUUGAAGACGCAGCCGAGCAGUUCGAAAACGCAUACAAUUUCCGUUAUGAGGAUCCUAAUGCGGCAGAAAUCAUAUCGUAUGCCCGUAACCAGGCGACUUUGAGAAGAGGUAAUGACAACUCUCGUAGACGUAAGAGAGAUGAGGAGAAGAAACUGGCACAAGCUGAAAAGAAGGACAAAGAUACCCAAGUUCAAAAGAAGAAAACAGAAAAGGUCAAUAAGCUCACUGAUGUUUUGGAGCAGGUCAAAAAGGAAUAUGGUGCUGAUAUAGACGAAGCAAUGGUCAAGAAACUCACCAGCUCGCUCAUCAACGGAGACUUCGAAGACAAUCAAUGGGAUGCAGUUGUCAGCGAACUUUUCAACGACGAAUACUACAACCAAAAAAGCAAGCCUACGUGGGACGAGAAUGAUGAGAUAAUGGGGGACUUUUACCAAAACGAAGGUGAUAAAGAGGGCGAGGAAAGUGUUGAUGAAGAAGAGCUUCCAGCUAAGAAGAAGUCAAGAAAGGACAAGAAGCAAGAAAAGUCGUCUCAGAAGAAGGAAAAGAAAAAAAUCUCAGAAAUGGUCGAGAAAGCUGUUGAUAACGAAAAGCUUGCACUUGUUGAUCAGGUCGAGGAAGAGAGAAAAUCUCGUUCAAGGACAAAAGAUGACGGUGAGAUGAAGUUUCGGUACCGAGAGGUGUCGCCUGAGUCAUUUGGGCUUUCUUACAGAGAGAUUUUCGCUGCCGAUGAUACUGAUCUGAACGAUUUCAUCGGUCUCAAGAAAUUUGCACCUUACAGAGCCAAAGAACUGCGGGCGAAAGAUCGCCGUAAGGUCACAAAAAGCCGACGCGUAAGAGAGUGGAGGAAGAAGACUUUUGGCACCGAGGAGCCAAUAGAAGAUGUUGAAAGUCUUCCAAUCCCAGACAAGAAAAGUAAGCAUUCCAAAAAGACAAACAGUACCCACAAUCAAUAG